GUCACCCCCAAGUCUCAUUGUAUCUUCUUGUCUACUAGUUACCAUUAUAAUUACAUCCACAUCACGGCAGUAGAGAGCUCCUCCUGUCCCCCUACUCAUCAUGGCCUCUCCUGAAGCUCAUCAUCUUUUCCACAACCCAAUUGCCGAUCACUCUUUCUCGUCUGAUAAGACGACCCUUGCAGUUGCGCGUGAUAACAACGUGGAGCUAUACCAGAGAUCAGGCAGCAAGUUCUCAUUGACGGACGAGCUUAAAGGCCACGAGAAGACGGUGACUGGCGUGGAUAUUGCGCCUGAUAGUGGCCGCAUUGUAACUUGCUCGCAGGACCGCAAUGCCUAUGUUUGGGAGCAAACUCCAUCGGGUUGGAAACCGACAUUAGUUCUCCUUCGGAUCAACAGGGCGGCUACUUUUGUUCGAUGGUCACCAUCUGAGCAGAAGUUCGCUGUCGGAUCCGGAGCCCGCGUGAUUGCAGUAUGCUACUUUGAGGAAGAGAAUGACUGGUGGAUCUCGAAGCAUCUGAAGAAGCCCAUUCGGAGUACUAUUACUACUCUUGCUUGGCAUCCCAAUUCGGUCCUCCUAGCUGCAGGCUCAACGGAUUCACAUGCCCGAGUCUUUUCUAGUUUCAUCAAGGGAGUCGAUACCCGCCCGGAGCCGAGUGCCUGGGGAGAGCGUCUACCUUUCAACACGAUCUGCGGCGAAUAUCUGAACGAUUCGGCGGGAUGGGUUCACGGAGUGUCUUUCUCUCCAAGUGGAAAUGCACUUGCCUUUACCGGCCAUGAUAGCAGUGUCACCGUCGUAUACCCGAGUGCACCGGAACAGCCCCCCCGGGCAAUGUUGAACAUCACCACUCGUCUUCUACCAUUUAACAGUUUGAUUUGGAAUGGCGAAAAUGAGAUCAUCGCUGCAGGACACGAUUGCGAGCCAUACCGCCUGCAUGGGGACGAAAGUGGAUGGCAGUUGACGGGGACUAUUGAGGAUAAGGCAGGACCAGGUGCUGGGAAUGCUCGUGAAGAAUCUGCCCUUCACAUGUUCCGCCAAAUGGACCUUAAAGGACAGACCCAAGCCGACACUCAGCUCCAGACAACCCACCAAAAUACCAUCAGUACUGUGAGGGUGUUUGAAAGUACGGACGGUACUGUGCGCAAGUUUAGUACAAGCGGAGUGGACGGCCGUGUGGUUAUCUGGAGCUUCUAAGCAAAUCGCAUCUUACUACUGGUAGCGCCUGAUCUACUUGUGGAGGGUCCUGUUCAGAGCGCAUCUUGAUACGGGUUGGGGUCCUGCAUGUCGAUGCAG